CCCAUCCCUCCCACGCCCCGCCCCUCACCCUCCAAACAAACGACCGCCAUGGCCGCUGCUGCUUCCCUUCGCUGUCUCCGGGGCGUCUCGCUCUUCGGGGGGCGCCCGCUGGUCCCCGUGCUUCUCUGCCGUCCACUCUCCGCGCAGCGAGAGCCGGGGGGCCCUGCCCCCCCGCGCAAACCGAGAACGCCCCUCGGCAGGCUGGACCGGGCGGAGGGGGAGGCGGCGGAGGAGGAGAAGGCCGGAGCAACAGGCGGCGACGGUGGUGACGGUGACUCCCUGGAGAAGUUCCCGGGGGGCGUGAACCCCCGCACGGGGGAGAGGGGGGGCCCAAGGGGCCCUGAGCCCACACGCUACGGGGACUGGGAGAGGAAGGGGCGAUGCGUGGACUUCUAGAGACACGCCGGGCGGACGGGGACACCAGGGAGACACGGAGACACGGGGACACCAGGGAGACACGGAGGAGACACGGGAAUACGGAGACACGGGGACACAGGGACACGGGGGAGAGGAAGGGGCGAUGCGUGGACUUCUAAAGACACGCCGGGUGGACGGGGACACCAGGGAGACACGGAGACACGGGGACACAGAGACACGGGGGAGAGGAAGGGGCGAUGCGUGGACUUCUAGAGACACGCCGGGUGGAUGGGGCGGACGACGACACGGGGACGCGGAGACACGGAGACACCAGGGAGACACGGAGGAGACACGGGAAUACGGGGACACAGAGACACGGGGGAGAGGGAGGACGAUGCGUGGACUUGGAGGGACACGGAAACACGGGGUGGACAUCUCGGCCAUCGUGAGACCCUGGUGGGCGUGAGGCUGUGAGCGCUUGCGGUGAGGAUGUCGCCGCUGCCGCUGCUGCUGUGCGCGCAUGCGCUGCGGAGAGCCGCCGGUUGGCGUGGACGUUGUGAAACUUCCUGCCGGCGAAGGUGCUGGCAGGAGAUUGUGCGUGUGUGUGUACGUGUGUGUGUACGUGUGUGUGUACGUGAGUGUGUGCGUGUGUGUGUAUGUUUGUGUGUACGUGUGUGUGUGUGUACGUGUGUUUAACCCGUGGUUUCGUG